AUGGAGAGCCGUAAGCAGCAUUUUCGACAGAUCUUACUGUUUUACUACAGAAAGGGUAAAAAUGCUGUUCAAGCCAGAAAGAAAUUGACCGAUGUGUAUGGAGAAGGUGUGUUGACAGUACGCCAGUGCCAGAACUGGUUCGCUAAAUUUCGAUCCGGCAAUUUUGAUGUCGAAGAUGCAUCACGUUCGGGAAGGCCGGUUGAAGCUGAUAAAGACGCGAUAAAGGCAUUAGUUGAUGCGAACCGGCGAAUAACAACAUGUGAGAUCGGAUUGAGGUUAAAUUUAUCAAAUUCAACAGUUUAUGACCACUUGAAAAGCCCGGGAUUAUCUUCGAAACUCGAUGUAUGGGUUCCCCAUGUUCUCACGGAGAGAAAUCUGUGUUGCCGCAUUAACGUCUGCAAUUCGCUUCUCAAACGUCAUGAAAAUGAUCCGUUUUUGAAGCGCAUCAUCACUGGGGACGAAAAAUGGAUUGUAUACAACAACGCCAAACGCAAGAGAUCAUGGGGCAAAAAAGAUGAACCGGCUCAAACCAUUUCCAAAGCCGAUAUUCACCAAAAAAAGGUGAUGCUGUAUGUUUGGUGGGAUUUUAUACAAAUCGUUUUUUUUGAGCUUUUACCGGAUAACACAACGAUUAAUUCGAAAGUCUACUGUGAUCAGCUGAACAAACUAAAUGAUGCGCUUCAACAGAAAAGGCCAGAACUAAUCAACAGGAAAGGUGUAGUGUUUCACCAAGACAACACGAGACCUCACACAAGUUUGGUCACUCUCCAAAAGCUUUUACAGCUUGAAUGGGAUCCAAUGUCACACCCACCAUAUUCUCCAGACCUGGCACCAUCGGAUUACUAUUAG